UCUCAUCUCUGCUAUGGAAGGUGUUGGACCCUCGUCCCAGUUCGGCGAUCGGUGGGCCCCAUGUUGAUCACGGCCAGAUGCCUUCGGGUUACAAGUAACUAUUGGACGGUUUGUUGUGGGGGCGCAUACGUAUAAUACAACCUACAGCGGACCAGAGGGCCACUGAGGAACACAGCACCAACUGCCAAGGCGUAACCGAGGUUUCCAAACAACAUGUCCGUGAUCUUCGUGUUUCCCGUUCGACACAGUACCCAGCAUGAAGGUGAAACCACUUGCACUCGACCAAGUGAGAUCGUGUUCACUGCGUCCUGCGAGGAGGUCAACACUCCCAUCCCUGGUCGCCUUUCGAGCACCCUUGCUGACCGGCACACCCUUAACCUCGGCAUCUCGCUUGCCAAUUCCAAGCACGGCUAGACGUCGCCUCCACUCCACGAAUCCCUGCAGUCCAGAUCACCGUGAUGCGCGUGUGCACAACGCCGCACAGCAGUCGAUUUCCAAGAGCGACAACAACACCAGCUACUCGUCUGCUGGUGAUGGGGAGCUUUCGUCUCGAAAACCGUACGCUGGCAGAGGCAGUGUAUUUCCAUUAUCGAACAGCUCCUUGUUCGAUGCCGCGUUGACUUCCAUCGUGGGCCUAGGAAUAGUGUUUCUUGGGGGUGUCGCAUACAUAGCGUGGUACAAGAAGAACGUGCUAGACAAGAUCGAGAAGGCCUUCGAUGGAGGCUAUGAUCCAGUUCUGGCCCUGGCCGACUUUGAGAAGGAAACAUCUUCAAAGAGUCCCACCGAUGAAAACCAAUUGAUGGAGCACCUCAGGCGGAAGGAACAAGACUGUGUCGAUGAUAUUAUCAAGGGUAAUACGAGGGGUCAUUACUACUUCCUCAUAGGACCCAAGGGAGGAGGAAAGUCGACCUUGAUUUUGGAUGCGAUGCGCUCCAUACAAGCGGAAGGGGUGUCGAUUCUGGAUGUUCACCCAGACCUCGAAGUUUUCCGUCUGCGCUUGGGCAAAGCACUUAACUACGAGUUUCACGAAGACUCCCAGACACUCUUAUUCCAGAGACGUGAUCCCAGGGAAGCUGGCCCGGCGUUAGAUAUUGAACGAGCGUUGAAUAAGCUCGAGAAAGUUGCACUCCGAAAGGCGAGGAAAACUGGCCGACCCAUCGUGCUUGUCUUUAACAAUGUCCAACAUUUUAAUAACGACGAGGAUGGCAGAAAUAUGCUAUUACAGCUCCAGCAGAAGGCAGAAGCAUGGGCAGCAAGUGGUAUUGUCACAACCGUUUUCAGUUCGGAUGACUUUUGGCCAUGCUUACUGAUGCACAAGGCUGCCAACAGGAUGCGUGUCCUGACGAUUGGUGACCUUUCAUUUGAAGCAGCCCGUCAUGCGCUUGGUCACAUGCGCCUCUCCCAGAAAAAGCCCCAGGCAGACCAGACCACCAUUGACCAGGUCGUAACUCUUGUUGGGGGACGUCUAUCUUACUUGAGUCACAUAGCUCGGACAGAGCGUAUGCUCAAGACUGUUCAGGACAUCGUGGAUUGGGAAAGGGAAUGGCUCCUCAGUCAAAUUGGUCUGAUCCCUGAUUGUGAUGACGACGUCAUGGACGAGCAAAAAUGGAGCUCCUGUUCGUGGUUGUUACUCAAGGAGUUCGUGAGAUUGUACAAAGAGCGCCAGAAGGAACGCCAGGCUGCUGGACUGCCUUGGGAUCCCACGGAGCUGCCGUCUAUACCUUAUGGACGUUGUCGCCAGAUCAUGACAAGAACAGACUUUAUCGAAGAACUUGAUAGGUCAAAUAUUAUCUCGAUCGGUGUUAAGCUGGACGUGCGCCCUGAUUCGAUGCUCAUCCUACAUGCUGCUCGCGAAGUGGUAGAAGCGGAAGGGUUCGAUGAUCUCUUACAAAACGUUCGCGAUCGAAUAGACGAAAUUGAAAGUCUACAUAGGACAAGGGAGCUAACGUUCAAGGACUUGAGUCCCGGUGAUAAGAUCAGACUACAAGUGGAGAAGAGUCCACGUAGAUUGUGGUAGCUCAUUCGCUUAUUGCUCCUAGAUACAGUCAUUGGCACGCAUCCUUCACUCUAAUACAUAUGUGAGGGCUGCGCAAAUGGGCCCC